AUCACUCACUCCGCAGAAAGACAACAUGGCGGGGUGCCUGUGAUUACGGAGAUGGACCUCCAUUUUAGAUGUACGUCACCUUCCGUCUAUUAUUGAUACAACCAAAAAGAAUCGUAAACGGCAGGAGACCUUGGAUAAUUUGAUGACGUCAUCAUUUUCUUAGCGUUAAAACUUCCAUAGGAUAGUUGCAUUUCUCACUUGGAAAAGCUGUUGCAAUAGGAACUCAUGAAAGGUAUUAUGCCAACAAACUGCGUGUACUUCGUGUUACUGGUGACUCUGGUCUGUGUAUACACAGUGCUCGGUAAUGACUCCUUGUUACCGCCUAGUCGACCCUCAGCCUUCAGGAGUCCGGCACAACUCAGAAGAUACCUGAAAGCUCUCAAUGAUUAUUACGCUAUAGUGGGGAGGCCCAGAUUCGGCAAAAGAAGUAACGAUUAUUCAUUUACAGACCAAGAUGACGUCGAUGGAAUGGGGUUUCUAUAUUCCAGUCGAGAUAAACCAGACAAUUCAGGACAACAGUGGUGGUAGUCUAAUUUACCACACAUUUACCACAUUUCAAAUGGAUCAUUACUCCUUGAAAAGUGUACUCGUAUGGACAGAUAUGCAUGUCAGUGUUCAUCAUCUAAUUUUAGACUUAAGACCGAAAUAUUAUUCUGAAAAUACAUUACUUUUAAUAUUGACAGUUUUCUGCCCGGUACUAUUUUCAAGGAAUGGGUUGGACUUAAGUUUCAAUUCAAUAUGUAUUAUAAAAAUCAUUUAAACAUAUUCAUUACAUGUGUGGAUAUAUUAAAUUUAUGAAAUAAAAUAAAGAAAAAA